GGACAUUUGGGGGGCUCUUCUGGGUUUUUAGUGGGACACUCAUUUUCAGCAUUUUGCCAGAGUUUUGUCUUUUUGCAGUGCAGGGUGGGUUUGUUUUGUUUUGUUUUGUUGGACUUUGGUCUGUUUAAUCUCAUAAAAGAAUUUUUAUUUUGUAUUAUUGACUAUUCAUAAUGAAGUAAAAGCACUAAUAAACAACAGAUUACAGAAUGUUAUGGUGGAAAUGUGACCAAUCAGGGAGUGUAAUGAAUGAGUAAUAAGUGGUCACAUGGUGUGGAACAAGUGUGUGUGUGCCUGUACGUGUUGGUGGUCUUAUCAUGAAAAGCUCAAAGUCUGAAGUGUCCUGGUAUCAGCUGUAUCCAAGGUCAGAGGUCACAUUGUCUUUAGGCUCACAAGGAGAGAGGACGCCAACGCGCACACACAGACGCACACUUGCGCAGGGGAGACGUCACAGCUAAGUAACAUUUCAUUGUGAUUCUUCAUAUCAUCUUUGUUGAUUUCCAUCCAUCCAUCCCUUUUCUACCACUUAUCCGAGGUCGGGUCGCGGGGGCGGUAGCUUUAGCAGGGAGGCUCAGACUUCCCUCUCCCCAGCCACUUUCAUCUUUGUUGAUUUAUUUUUGAUAAAAGAGUUUUGUUUCAUGUUCAAAUGUGUUUAUGCUAAGUGAGCAAAUGUCAAGGACACACCGACACAACUUUUGUCCACAUCCUGUUUUGCUGUCACAUGACUUACGUGGUUCCCAAUUACUUGAUUCAAAUCCACUUCCUGUUUUGCUAUUGCAUGACUUCCUCUUCCUGUUUUUCUAUCACAUGACUCGUGUUGACUUCCUGCUUCACAAUCAACUGACUUAUGUCCAUUCCCUUUGCUAUCGCAUGACUUACUUCCACUUCCUGUUUUACUAUCACAUGACUCAUGUUGACUUCCUGUUUCACAAUUGUUUCCACUCCUUUUUAUUGGAAAAACAAACACAAACAACAUAAGGCAUUUCCAUUAAAUAUCAAUCAAACUGGACAAGUACUUAAAUCCACUUCCAGUUUUGCUAUCACAUGACUUCAUUCCACUUCCUGUUUUGCUAUUGUGUGACUCACUUCCUGUUUUGCUAUUAGUUAUGUCCACUUCCUGUUUUGCUGUCGCAUGACUUAAUUCCACUUCCGGUUUUGCUAUCACAUGACUUCAUUCCACUUCCUGUUUUGCUAUUGUGUGACUCACUUCCACUUCCUGUUUUGCUAUUAGUUAUGUCCACUUCCUGUUUUGCUGUCGCAUGACUUAAUUCCACUUCCUGUUUUGACAUCAUAUGACUUCAUUCCACUUCCUGUUUUGCUAUUGUGUGACUCACUUCCACUUCCUGUUUUGCUAUUAGUUAUGUCCACUUCCUGUUUCUCUCUUAUUUAUUUUUUAAACUGAGUCAUAUGGAUCCUCCCGGGUCUGACAUAAAUAAUAAAGUGCUAUCAUGUGACAAAAUUCCACUUCCUGUGUUGCAAUGGCUUGACUUAUUUCCGCUUCCUGUUUCGCUAUCACAUUAAUUCCAGUUUCGCACGUCCAAGUCUUGUUUUGUUUUUUGCUGAUCAGAUCUUUCUUGAAAAUGGUUGCCGGUGCGGCAAGAGACAAGUUCCACGCGGUGUGGCUGGUCUUCUUCAUUCUGGGUUUGGGAACGUUGUUGCCGUGGAACUUCUUCAUGACGGCCACCGCGUACUUCACCGGCCGCCUGAGGGAGUCGACCAACCGGACGGAGGGGGAGGAGCCCCAGCACGGCGUCCUGGAGGCCAAAUUCAACAACGUGAUGACGUUGUGCGCCAUGUUGCCGCUCCUCAUCUUCACCUGCCUCAACUCCGUCCUGCACUCGCGGAUCGGUGAGGGCGUUCGCGUGGCGGGCAGCCUGGUGCUCAUCCUGGCCGUCUUCCUGCUGACAGCGGUCCUGGUGAAGGUCCGCCUGGAGCCAACGGCGUUCUACUGCGUCACCGUGCUCAGCGUGGUCGCCAUCAACUCAUUCGGCGCCGUGCUGCAGGGAAGUCUCUUCGGGAUGGCGGGCGCCCUCCCAGCCGGCUACACGGCGCCCGUCAUGAGUGGGCAAGGACUCGCCGGGACCUUCGCUGCCUUGGCCAUGAUCUGCGCCAUCGCAAGUGGUUCCAGUCUUGAAGAAUCGUCUUUUGGUUAUUUCAUCAGCGCUUGCGUUGUCAUUUUGGUCUCCAUCAUGUCGUACGCCAUGCUGCCUAAACUGGAGUUUUUCCAGUUUUAUCACCAGAGGAAGGACGGACACGACCUCAACGUCAACCUGAAUCAGCCGAGUGGACUACGCCUCCGUACUCUUCCUCUUGGCAGCGCGGAGGGCGGCUCAGCGAAGCGAGCGGGCGUCUCCGUGACGACCGUCUUCAAGAAGAUCUGGGUGCCGGCGGCGUGCGUGUGCGGGACCUUCACCGUCACCAUCGGGACCUUCCCCGCCAUCGCGGCCGACACCAAGUCGACAUUGGCGCGAGGAGGCGCCUGGGACGUGUACUUGGUGCCGGUGUCGUGCUUCCUGCUCUUCAACGCGAGCGACUGGGCGGGGCGGAGCCUGACCGCCUUCUGCACGUGGCCGGGAAAGGACAGCGCCCUCCUCCCCGUGCUGGUGGCAUGUCGCGCGGCGCUGGUUCCCGCCCUGAUGUUGUGCAACGUGCAGCCACGCCACCACCUGCCCGUCGUCUUCCGGCACGAUGCCUUCUUCGCCGCCUUCAUGCUGGUCUUCGCCUUCACCAACGGCUACCUGGCCAGCCUCGCCAUGUGCUUCGGACCCAAGAAGGUCCUGCCUCACGAGGCGGAGACGGCCGGCUCCGUCAUGGCCUUCUUCCUGUCGCUGGGUCUGGCUUUGGGUGCGGCGCUGUCCUUCGUCUUGCGGGCUCUCGUUUGAGGCGGCGGCGACGUCGGACGUUCGCCGAGACGGCCGCGUAAACGCCCGUUGAACGUCAUGUGAUGUCCUCCCUAACAGCAGAGGCCGCCGUGUCGUAUUUGACUACCUCAAAUCACAGUUGAACCACCCGAGGCUGCAUGUUGAUCUUUUUUUUUUCUUUUUUCUUCCCCCAUUUUAACCUUUUAAAAAAUGAUGUUUCAAAACA